AUGCUGCUGUCUCCUCAGGCAGAGAGGAACUGGGAGGGUUUGUGUUCAGUGCUUGAAGAUGUGCUGGAGGACCAGUCCCACAGGCAGCUGUUUGCCGUGGAGCUGGGCUCUGGAACAGGACAGCACGUCAUACGCUUUGCCCAGAAAAUGCCUUUUGUUACCUGGCAACCAUCAGACAUCAAAGAAGAGUGUCGAGACAGCAUUAAAGCAUACAUUGCGGCAACUCAUGUGAAGACUGUGCUGCAGCCCGUUCACCUGGAUGCCAGUGAACCUUGGGAGAAAUGGGCAGGCCUUCCUCGCAACUCCUGUGAUGUAGUGGUGGCCAUAAACUUACUGCAGUACAGCUCCUUCAAAACAGCACAGGGUGUUUUCAACGGAGCAGGUCAGAUCAUGAGGCAGAAUGGUCUUUUGAUAACAUACGGGGUGUAUGCUAUCAAUGGAACCAUCACCCCGAGUUGUAAUGAACAGCUGGAUGAAGAGCUUCGAAAGAUGAAUCCAGAGUGGGGUCUUCCAGAUAUCGAUGUGCUGAGACAGAUGGCCUAUGGGAACGGGAUGCGUAUGGAGAGGAUAGUGAUUGAAAUGGAAGAUUAUUUCAAAUGCCUCAUAUUUAGAAAACUUUAAAGAAACUGCUUCAAGUUUUUGAAGAUUUGUCAAACAGUCAUGCACAUUAACAAGCCAUAUGAUAAAGAACAUUUCAUUAUAAUUUAUACAUACGUCAUAUUUUUGCCUUUAACCUGAUGAUGAAGA